GAAGGGCUUUCGUGCUCUGCGUGUCCUUCGAGGGGUGGCGCUUUCUUUGCGGCGGCAAGAUGGCGUCUUCCGGCGCGCUGCUGAAAGUGUGGAGACACCGGCUAAGUUUGGGGGUGCCCGGACGCAGGAAUUUCUGGGAAGGAGAGAAGAAACAAGAUCAGCCAAUAGUAGUGGAACCUGUGAAAAAUGUUUGCCCUCCUCCACGAAGUAAAAAAUACCUUCCUCCUGAAUAUCUCCAGAAUCAUCUAGAAUCUCGUGUGAGAGAGAUUUGGGGGUCCUCAGUUUCGAGUGACUGGCAGAGGACAUCCCUAGCAGACAUCAGUUUAAAGUAUCAACUGUUGGCACAAAUGGCAGCAGAUCUGGACCACACAGUCCCCAAUAACCAGCUCCAUCAAAUGAAGAGUGUUGAAGAUGUCCUGGCUUUCUACAGUACACCUGUAAAAGACAUUUCAAAGUUAGAUGAAUUGGGCAUGCAAGAGCUUCCAUCGAAUCUGAGGAUCAAUUGGGAGUAUGAAUGAAAACAACAGAAAGUAUUGAUGUGAUUUGUCAUCAAUAAAACAGCAUCCGCGUGUGCAGAUAAAACUUGUUUUUGUUUUCCCAAGUUUCCAAAUAAUGUUUCUUACCUCCCUGCAAAUAAUAGUAAUACAGUAAUCCAUCCAAGCAAAUAAUUCAUGUGUGCUUUUUUUUUUUUUUUUUUUUUGUGAGACAAAGGAUUUUUUUUCCCCAGGCUGUUCUUCAUUGGAGGCUAUGGAUAUCGAAAAAUAUUUGAGACUUGAUUUUCCUCCUCUUCUGUUUACCUUCAUUUAUCCUGCAUUUGUUCAUCAAGAGAAGUUCUUAUGUUGGUCAUAUAUAAAAUGGUGUCGCGGCAGCAAUUGAUUUAAUCUAUUAAACAUUGGAGUCCUCUCAGAUAGCAAACUUCUGUUAAUUGAAUCUUAACCAUGUAAGACAGAUGUGAAUACCGGUUUCUUUCAUCUGCAUCAAUGAAUUUUAUUUGCUGUAUUCAGUAUAAAAGUAACAUAAUAAAGAAGACAGAUUUCUUUUUAUGACAUUAGAAAAAUUG